UAUGUGAGAAUGGAUACAAAACUCCGCUGACCACUUCUAUCCAUUACAUUGGUGUGCUAGUGGGAGCCUUUGUCUCAGGCCAGAUUUCUGACAGGUUUGGAAGGAGGCCAGCUCUCUUUCUCAUGAUGGCUCUUCAGAAUGUGGCAAUCACAGCGCAGAUAUUCUCCCCGAGCUGGGAGAUCUUCACCCUCAUUUUUUUUUUUGCGGGUGCAGGGGGAUUCUCCAACUAUACCAUUGCAUAUGUGCUGGGUACAGAAACUCUAAGCCCAAAAGCCCGAGUGGUCUUCUGCUCCCUUGGGGUUUUUAUGAGCUCUGCUUUGGGGUAUAUGGCAAUGCCAGCUGUGGCUUACUUCCUCCGUGAAUGGCGGUUGCUGCUGAUUCCCAUGGCUGCCUCUGGCCUGAUCUACAUCCCUCUGUGGUGGUAAUGAUAUUGAUUUGUUAUUUAAAAUUAGAUAAGACGCACAUGAUGAUGCUAUGAUAGCUUCCUCCAUAUUGUUUUGUGGUCCCUUAAAGGGAAGCAUCGCCAAAAUUGUUGCUGCUAGGAUUAUGGUGAAGGACCACAACCCUGUCUGGU